AUACUUCAAAGUAAGCAGCUGUUAUAAGCUGUAACGGAUUUUAAUUUGUUUAUACACUUUUUUAAAACUACUUAUCACGUUUUUGUGUGCCUUUUUCACUUUUAUUACGCAUUUUUAUCCUGCAAAAAUGAUGCUCAAUGCUUCAAAAGCUUUUCAUGUUAAAACCCUAUUUUUAUUGCUAUUUUUUUGUCCCGUUGAAAGUGCCCUAAAAGAUUAUAUAAACGGAAUUACCCAAUAUUUCGGCUACAACAAGCAAAAUGAGAACACAGAAGUGUACGGAAGCGAAUUUACUCACAGCGUACCAUACGAAGUCACUACUCUAGACGAAAAAUUCAUUUCAGAAGCCGUUAAACUUACAGGAGUCGCUAUUUCCGAACUGGACUCUUGCCAGCAAAGAGUAGUUUUAAAACUCAAAACCGACUGCAACAAAAUGAACGACGAACAACUGGCCAAAAUGGCAGUGCACCUUUUAAACUGCCAGUCUUACGUGGAAGGCAGGAAGAUUUUCCCCUGCUCAGACGAGUUGAGCCUCAAAGAUUGCACUACGGAUAUGGAUUCAGAUACUUGGACCAGCUAUCAUUUGAUGAGCAACAGAGCUAGAGCUGUUUGUUAUAUGGUGAGACAGUCGCAAUUUAGAGGGCUAGCAGAGCACACUGUUAAUAGGUUGAUGGAGGCCUCUAAGGAUCAAUUAAUGUCGUUGGGGAGGAUUAGUCAUAAUCAGGAGAGUAUACUUAGUUUGGCUGAGGAUACUUAUACAUCAUUAUCUAAAGCUCAAGAACAACUCUCCGAUCAGCAAAAAGACAUGCAACAAGCGCAACUCCACGGCCAAAUGGUACUCGAAAACAACAUAAUGCGUCUCGUAGACGAAAAACGCCUUAUCCACGAGACCCACAACAAGCUCCUCCAAAUGACCCACGAAGUACAAAAUAAACUAGAAUAUUCCGCAGAUACAAUUGCUGGUAAUCACAAAGAAUUGCUGGACGAUGUUAUUAACAUUCAACAGAGAGCCAAUGAGUUGUUUGAAAAAAUUGAAACUUAUUCGGGGAUUUUGUUGAAGCAAAAUGAAGAGUUUAAAAAGCAAUAUGAAUCAACUUUGAGGAAUUUGCGUGAAGUUAAUGAAACUGUACACGCUUUAGUGAGUUUGGUUGGUGGAACUAGGCAAGCUUUGGAAGAAAGACUUGCUUGGAUAAUGACAGCUCUUGGAGGUACAGAUGAAGCUGUAGGAAGACUUUAUUUAGUCCUAUGGCAUGUGGGUUUUAUUCUAACAGGCAUGCUAGCGUGUGCAUUUUUAUCAGCUAGAGCUAGCACUAGAAUGGUUAUUGUCACUUUACCUCCAUUUAAUUUAGCCAUGGCCUUGUCUGGAAAUGAAUUUUUGAAUUUUUCAAAUUUACUUAUUGCAAUUGGAACUUUAAUUGCAUUACAAAUUUUAACUAUUUGGGCUUUAGACUACCGCAAAAUUUUACCUAGCGCUAUUGCAUGGUCAAAAGCCAAAUUAACUACAAAUAAAUCAUCUUCACAAUCCUCCAAUGGUUCUUUAUAUCCUGAACUUAAUAUCAAUAAUGAAGAGGAGGAAGAAAGUAAUGAUACAUUUCAAGAUGACAUCCGUGUAUUAACGCCUCCUAUAUCAAGAAACGAGAAUAGAUCCAGGUCCAGAAGCAAUACAUCAUUUUCAUUAAACUCAACCAGGAGAAAUACUCCGCUUUUAAUAAAUAUGAGUUUGAGGGGCAGCUGUCACGGAACAACCAGAGCUGGAACCCCUUGCAAAUUGACUUCUUUGCCUGGGAGGGAUUUUUGUUUUAGGCAUCAAGAUGGUGACUCUGUCAUGGGUUAGGUUGAUUUUAAGUGUUUUUUUUUUACGUAUAGACGUAUAGACUAUUUUCUAAGUCAUUAGAGUAGGUUAAGAAGACUAUUUAUUUAAGAAUGUAUUUUCAGUCCCAGUGUUUUUUUAGUUUUAAAUCAUUUUUACUGGUAGCUUGGCAAGUUUAUUUUUGUUUGGAACUUUUAAAUGUAGUUGAGAAUUUAUUAAAUGGAACCAAAAUUACCUUUUAAUAAAUAAUGUCAACUUCGUUUUUA